AAUCAGUUCACAAUUUUCGAAAAUAAAAAUUAUUUCACAUUCACUUAAAUAAGCACAUAAUGUGAACCCUUUAUAAGUCUCAAUCCGACAUACAUAUAAAGGAAAUUAUUUUAAUAAAUAAAAGAACUGUCAAAGCUUUAUUUGAAAAUGUAACAAAACAAUUUUGGCAAAUAAUGGUGGAACACAAUAUUAGAAACUUAUUAAUAAUAAAAAAAUAUACAUAAAUUUUUAGAAUCAGAGGUUGGUGAUCAAAAUUUAUUUGAAUACGAUAUGGAUAAAAAUAAGGAGACAAAAUCGUCGAAAGUCAUUAAGGAUGUGAAGGAAAAAAAGAGCGAGCAAAGAAGCGAACGGGGUUUAAAGACCGAACAUGAAAGUAGGAGAGAACAUGAUCGCGAAAGCAGAAGUGAGCGUUACACGAAAUCAGAUCGCGACAGGAAAUAUAAUUGUGAGAGUAAAAGUGAACGCAAUUCACGCAACGAAUUAGCGCAUCGAAGAGAGCAUGAAUCAAAAAGCGAACGCGAAAUGAGAAAUGUCAAAAGUUUGAGGGAUAUGAGAGUGGUUAGAAGCGAGCGCGAAUCAAGAGAUACGAAAAGAAGCAGUGACAACAAAACAAAGAAGUCUGAUCACAAAAUACUGAUGCAAGACAUUAAAGAGCUGAUAAUGUGUGCGCUGGAAUGCGAACUAAGCGGUCACACUUUAGAGGCACGAAUGCUAUACGAAGAAAGCCUUGUAAAACUGAAAAUCUGUUCGGCCAACGAACAAAACGAAGAUAUAUUAGAUAGUUACAGAAAAUACCUCAGUAGUUACGAAAAGCACGUGCAGCGUCUGCGUGAUCAAAUUGAACAGAACAUGUUCAGCUGCAAGAUAACCGAACAUAUCGUCAUCCCGGAGGGUUCACGCGGUCGAAGCUAUGAAAAGCUAAUCGGUUGCUAUUUGAAUGAAAAAGUAUCGGUGGUGCAUAUUUACGAACCAUGUCUCACUCAAAGCUCCCAUCUGGAACAUUUUAUUAACUUUGUCGAAGUGCUUGUGAAGAAUUGUUCAAAUUUGAUGUAUUUGCGUGUAAUUACUCGCGCUAGCCCUAAAUCCAGCAAUCUGCAAAUGGAUGUGUUACAUGAUUUGCGUGAAGAGUUGGACAGUGGCAAUAUUUCAUUUAAUUAUCAAUUCGAUGAGCAAUUAAAGAAGCCGCGUAUUGUCUUCAACACUGGGGUAGUCGUACGCUGUAGGCGUGGUUUACAUAUUUACAAACCCUUGAAUAAGUACUACAAGUUGGGCCUGUACGAUUUUGACUUUCGUCGUUGUGAAAGCGCCGAGGUGGAUAUUUAUCAAGGCAAACCCUUCUCGGAAUCUAUUUCGAAGGCGGACAGAACGGAUCUAGUGGAGACUUUGUUGCACGCAUAACAGUAAAACGAAUUGGAAUUUUAGAAAUUAGUAAAGUGAUUCGAAAGAAAUUAAA